AUGGAGAACCUGUCCAUCUCCGAUGCCCCUCCGCAGGGACGCGGCGGCGGCGCUCCGCAACCGCUGCCUCAGCUGCCGCCGCAGAUGUUCACCACUGCUGCGCAGCUGCUGGACCUCACAGACAAGAAGCUUAUGGUCGCUUUGCGCGACGGGAGAAAACUUAUUGGGGUGCUAAGAAGUUGGGAUCAGUUCGCCAACCUCGUCCUCCAAUCCACGGUCGAGCGCAUCUUUGCGCCUCUCCCUGAGUCGGCAGGCAGCGACCAACCGGCGGGUCUCUACGCCGACAUAACGCACGGCAUCUUCCUCGUGCGCGGUGAAAACGUGCUCCUCCUCGGCGAGAUCGACCUCGACAAGGACGACGACCCGCCACCCGGAUUCCAGCGCGCGGAGCUCGAGGUGGUCAAGAAGCUAGCCGAGGACAAGAAGGCGGCGGACAAGGCGAGGGAGAAGGUGAGGCUCAAGAAGCUGGCCAAGCAGGGCUUUGAGGGAGAGAAUCUGGGUGAGAUUGUGUUUUAG